UGUCCUUUAGCAGAUCAGUGUAGUGGGUACAUUUUGCAUGAUGGGUGAGUGCAGAUACGUGGCGGUGGAUCUGUCGGGUCACGGCUUGUCGUCGCAUCGUCAUCCCGGAGUCUUCUACUCUUUUCCUGAGUACGUAAUGGAUGUGCGCAGAGUCGUUGACGCUCUGCACUGGAGCCACUUCUCCAUCAUAGGCCACAGUAUGGGUGGUAACGUUGCUGGAAUAUUCAGUGCACUGUAUCCUGAGAUGGUGGAUUCUGUCGUAUUGCUGGACUCUUAUGGAUUCUUACCUGCAGAUCAGAAAGAAAUGUUUAAAGUGCUGAAGCAGGGGAUGGAUGAGAUGUUGCAGUUUGAAAAGCAGUCGAAGGAGAAGAAGAGAAGAGUUUACACUUAUGAAAGCGCAGUAGAGAGGCUGUCGGCUGCAAACCCGGCUCUGUCUGAGCGGUCGGUGCGCAUCCUUUUAGAGCGAGGUCUAGUUCAAGUUGAAGGAGGUAUGGCGUUUACCCGAGACUUUCGUAUUAAUCUGAAAAAUAUAGUGCGCAUCAGUUUGGGGCAAAGUCUGGAGUUGCAGUCUGAGAUAAAAGCCCCUAUUCUAGUUGUUCUAGCAGAGGAUGGCUUUGACAAAUUAUUUGUUGGACAGGAUAACAAAAAAUCCAUAUCAGCAAUUGUCCAGGGCUACAGGGACAGAAAACACACGUUGGUGACCGUACCAGGCGAUCAUCACAUCCACCUGAAUGACCCUGAAGUCGUUGCUCCACUUGUGUCUGACUUCCUGCAGACCAAAGUGUUGACACAGCCAGCAAGACCAGCCAAGGAACAGACUUCGAAGAUAUAGCGAACACCAAAACGUCACGUUACGCUGCUGACUUGAACAACUUUUUAAAAUGUACUUGUAUUCAUACUAUGAUGUUAAUACUCACCUUGGUGCCUUAACCUGGACUCCUAAAUGAUUUGAUGUAUUUUAAUAGAUAUUAACGGAGUGCUGACAAAGCAGUGUUGCAUGCAUUUAAACAGAAAUGAUACUUCUGUAACACACUUUAGUUAUUAGGGACAAUUUGAAUAGUAACAGUAUAAACCAUGUUUGGCUGCUGAUGGCAUGGUACAAUAUAAUAUAUGAUCUUCUUAACAGUACUCCACCUAUUUAUCACUGUUGGACUCACGAUGGACAGUUAAACAAAAGGAUCAAAAUCAAUGCAGCGGAAGCAGAGUUAUCAUUUAUAUUCCACGCAUUCUUCUCCCUUGUCAAAACUGGGCGCCUACAUUACCCACAAUGCAACUCAACUACAGACAGUACUUAUUGCGGAAUGCUAACUUUGCCAGUAGAACUAAUGGAGAUGACAAUUAAGGGAAUUUAGUCAAUUGGAGGUGUCAUGAACUUAAGUGUUGGACGGGUACAUUUUAAAAGUGCAGUGUGAAAGAUUUGGCACCAUCUAGCGGUGAGGUUGCAGAUUGCAACCAACUAAAACUCAUCCUAUGUGCCAAGCCUGUGUAGGAGAACUACAGUGGCCGACGUGGUAUGUAAAUAGAUCAAUCUAGAGCCAGUGUUUGGUUUGUCCGUUCUGGGUUACUGUAGAAACACAGCGGCCGGCUCAGUGAAGAGGACCCGCUUCGUAUGUCAGUAUAAACGGCUCAUUUUAAAGUAAUAAACACAAGUUCCGUUGUUAUUUUCAGGUGAUUAUACACUAAAGAAAACUUACUCUAUGGGAAAGUGCUUCAAUUAAAAUACAUAUGACCAUUAUUCUGCCAUAAUCAAUAUUUUUAGGAAGUGUGGAAAUCAUAAACCUUGUCGCACCACUGAACUCUUUUCUCAGGCCGGUGUCUUCCUGCUGCCCUGCAGUACAGACUGCUGAGUAUCAGCAGACAACAGUUCUAUCACCUUGUAGCUUCUGCCUUUGAGUAUUGUUUGAAAUGCACCGUUGCAGGCCCAGGUGUCUUAGAAGUCUGCUGCCUGCUGUUAAUAUUUUAACAGCAGACACACACGCACACAGUUUCUCUGAAGUGUGUGUGUGGGCGUGUGUGCGCGUGUCCUCGUCCUCGUGUUCUAAUCAGUGAGCUGUGGAAAGAGUACCCGUGAGUGCCACGGUGGGAGCAGAGGAUGAAUCUGGACUCAAGUAUUUGUUUGCAGCUUGUCUUCAGUAAUACAGCUUUUAAUCUAUUUUAAAGAUGGCUUUUAUUUUGAAGGAUUAUCUGGUGGAUAUCCACGAAACUGCAAUCGUUGGCAUUAUUUUAAAGAGUAACUGCACAUUUGAAUGUGUUUUUUAAUGUGUGCUGGUGUUAAUAACAGUUAUUACCAAAUGUACAUUUCCGGCAUUAUUUCAUGUUUGAAAAUGGCUGAAAAAACACCUGCCACUGUUUUAAAUCAGCCCUAAUCUUGCAAAACUAAUUCUGACAUAAACUGCGUUCCAAAUGGCAUACUUUUAGAACUUAAUGCAGCUGCCCUUAGAAAGUGCUACUGAUGCAUGCCAUGUGCGUUUGAUUGGUACUGCUUCCUCAUAAUAUGGCACCUUGAACUUUGACCCUCUUACUUAUAUAUCCGCUGAUAUAUAAACCAUGCUGGAUUGGGACAUACAUCUUUUUCUGGCAUACUAAAUAGUAUGAUAACAUUGGAACGCUCAGAUAAUCCAUGAGACUGAUCUACGUCAUGAAAUAGAAUAACGUCCUCCAAUCAGACCCCCUCCUCACCUCUCCCCACAGCGUGAGGGGGAGGGACCUGGCCACUGGUGUAAAUAUUUACCGAAAAAUGUUAUUGUUGCGCAGUUUGCUUUUUUCUCUCAAAUGUCAAAAUGUUCGCAUUCUCUUGAUGCAGUUGUUUGAUAGUUGUUAAAGGGCUGCAGACAGUUAUUGAAAUCUGAUAUGUAGAAUACAUAAUUGGAUCACAGAAGAACUUUUGAGGGGAGGGAAAACAAUGUUGUCGUUGAGAAGAAUUGUUUUGUAUCUGUAGCUAUUUUGUAGCAAUUUCACUUUCGACAUGAAAAAAAACCCACAUUAAAUUAUGAAGGGGCGCCGUAGUUAAAAAAAAGUUUGUUUCUUGAUUCACCUGUGGAAUUUAAACAAACCGUUUUCUCUGUACAUCAGUAUCGAAUACUGACCGUUAAAAC